AUGUGGGUGCUGGACAGUGAUUUGUUUGAGGGUGCGUUGAACCCUCCGAGGAAGCUCCUAAGAACGCGUACGAAGGCAGCGAUUGACGAGAACAGGCCGGUCGCUUUGGUUGCGGCCGGGAAAGACCUAUCUCUUUGGUCGCACGCUCGCCGAAGAAAACACAUCACGAUUACAGUCGACAAUGUCCCCGAAGGCGGCGGUCGCAACCUCCGCUCGCGAUCCACUGUCACUAUCGAAGAUCUUGAUUCGAAAAAGGGCACACUCCUGAAUGGCGUUCAGAUUCGAGGGCAAAAAAAGACAUUAUCUGAGGAUGUGAACGAGGUGAAGUUGGGCAUGUGUUCCAAGCUCAUCCGGAUAGGGUGGAACCCGGUUGUCCUCAGCUUCUCCUUCACGGCGAAGGAGCUGCGUGCGGACCCCUGGACAAGACUCCGCGACAGCCUGGAACAGCUCGACAUCAAGUACUCGGCCGACUACAGUGCAGAUACCACCUAUGUUGUCUCCAAAAAGCGCAACACAUCAAAAGGGCUGCAGGCGCUAAUAAACGGCAAACACGUCGUCGCUGAUAGCUUCAUCAAUGCGAUUGUUGAUGCGGCCACCGUCCCGGACGGCGCAGAAGAGGGUACGCCUAGUGCUUUAGAAGAGGAUGUUGAAACGGCCUGGCCAAAUCCCCUCGAUUAUCUGCCCCCGCGAGGCGAGGAGCCCGUAGAACGGUCACCCGAAUCGUACUCCCCCGACGAGCGGCGACAAGAGGUGUUCGAUGGAUACACGUUUGUCUUUUACGAAUCGAAACAGUACGAGAACUUGUUCCCUGCCAUCGCUGCUGGGAAAGGGAAAGCUCUGCUCAAGGAGGUCAUCCCGAGGAAAACGGAUGUUGACGACUUCAUCCGUUAUGUCAAGGGUGUCGCCGGCGAAAAGGGGCUGGGGUCGUUUGAGGAUGGCAGUGAGGGUAGGGGGGUGGUCGUCGUGCGAUAUACACCGAAAGGGGAGGACUAUGAUUGGUUCGCUCAGUUCCUAACUUCUGUCGCCCAGCGGCUCGAUCAUCGGCCCAUCGAUCAGCGAGAAUUUCUCGAGGCCAUUCUUGCUUGCGAUGCUUCUAUGCUCCGCCGUCCCUUGGAGGAGGCUAGCCAGCCGGUGUUUGUGGGCCCAGGGGCCCAAGAGCCUGUUGGUGAUGCAGGAGAUCGCAUGGAGGUCGAUCGGCCCGCUGAUCAGCCCCAACCCUCCGAGGAAGCCGUUGUGGAACCAGAGGCCGUACCGCAAAAACCACGGGGCCGGCGGGCAGGUCGGGGUCGUUUCAAAGGCUUUGAUUUUGACGAUGCAGAGGAGCCCGUGGAAGAAACUCCUCCAGUGGAAACCCCUGCGCCGCCCCAAGCAGCCGCCGCAUCUCAGGAUAGUUUGUUCGUUUCUCAGAACCAAGAGCCGAGCCUCCCUGCAGAGGAAGAGCCUCCCGUUGCGCGCGCCACCCGACAAACACGGCGCAAGCGCCCAUUAUCGCCAUUGCCGGAGGAUGACGUCUCCGCGUUGAUGGAUGAGAUUGCCCCAACAGCAGCGGCAGCAAAACGCCGACGUAUCGAAUCCGGCCAAGCGCCCGUGCCUCCAUCCCCCGAGCCCGAACCGACCCCGAAAGCAGGUGGGGACGAGGAGAUGGUUCCAGAUUCGCCAGAAGGAAAGCCAAAGAAGGGCCAGACUGCAAGAGGGAAGGGCAAGAAGAUCAAGGAGGAAGACAGUAUUCUCGAACUCGCACGACGGCAACGAGAGGAGGCUGAGGCGCAAGCAGCCGCUAAGCGCAGGGAGCUGGAAGAACUCCCCGAUGAUGGAAUCGACUACGCCGCCAUCCGGGCGUUGCACAUCAUCGAAGAGUGCGAGGUGCACUUCCCCGAGCCCGGCACGAGCGGCCGCAGCCGAGACCAGGAUAUUGGCGAGGCGGCCGGGCGCCAGGCGCCGCGCACCAUCAUCUCACUGGAGGAAGUCAAGCCCAAGGAGUACGGCAUCGGUGACGAUUACUGGCUCGAGGAGGACGAGGGCGGGCGGCGUAGGAAAGAGAGCCAGCACGAGUCGCAGACCCAGACCCAGCAACUGCCGUCGCAUGGCCGGUCGGACAACCUAGCCAAGGGCAAGGGGAAGGAGGUGGAGAAGCCGAGAUCUGCCGUGCGACGGACUGUUAUAACCAUCGACAGCAGCGAUGAGGAAGACCCCAGCGAGCCCAGCGCGGUGCUGGAAGAGAGUUUUGUGCCGGAGUCGGAACCGUCUAGGAGCCGGGCCGCCAAGGCGGCCGAGAAGGCGAAUUCGCAGCGCCGAUCGCAGACGCAGACGCAGACGCAGACGCAGUCCCAGAGCCAGGCGGCCUCGUCGUCUAACAAGCGGUCUGCACCGACCGACUCGAAUAAGGAUCAGGCGGCUAAGAAGCCGCGGAGGGGGUUCAAGCCGCCGAGCGAUGAUGAUAGCGACGAUAGUGACGAUGAGCUAAAGUUUCGCUUUGGGAGGCGGAGGUAG